CGCGACGGUUCCGACGGGCGGUUUGCGUAAACCGAAACGCGCCGUCGAUUCUCCAUGGAGUUCACCUUUGCACCUUUCCGACGACGCCGCUCGGUGUAACCGGCAUUUCAAAACGCCUGGAAAAUACGGCUCACCACCGAUCUCAAAUAAGUUCCAAACCUGUGCAUACAGAUCGAUCAAGUCGCGCGCGAACGACUUGAAGUUGCGCCGCCGUCCGUUGGCGCAAACGGAUGCGAGUCCGUGACGCGUACGGAACCAGUUUGAGGUCAGCAGCCGCAGUUUGAAACUAGUUUGUUCAGGUUUUUCGGCCCCCCGCAAGAACCGUGCGGCGUGCUAGUCGGGGCACUUCGAUCAGAUCGCUCAGGGAGAUCACAGCGUCGACGCAACAUGACCGACAGCACAGAGCAAAGAGAGAUUACGAUUGAUGCUCACCCAGAGGUUAAAGUGGAGCCAACUCUCCGAUGUUAUGUCGUGGAGGAACACGAGAACAGCUUUCCGAAUUUUGAGACUGCCACCACGUUACCAACAUGCGUGGACGUGAAUACGGUAAAUUUAUGGACCAGUAAGGCUACCAAUUGUCUCAUCAGCCAAUACAAGAAGUAUCGAUCGAUGGUCGGGCAGUCCACGCAGAUCAGAAGUCUGCGGGAGAUGUUUGAGAUGAUAUCGCUGGAGAUGCAGAAUUACGGCUUCUACUUUACCCCACAGAAGUGCGAGAAUAAGUGGCGAGUGCUGGAGCGCAAGUACAAGAACCUGGUGUAUCGUGAACGGCUAAAGAAGCCUGGCAGGAUGAGGCACUACGGGCAAUGGGAGCACAAGCGAGCCUUGGACGAGAUCUUCAAUGAGAAGAAGAAGCGCGUGUACUUGGAGCAGAACGAGUCGCAACCGACGAACGGCUCGGUCAAGCAUUCCUCGAUCGUGCCGAAAAUCGGUUGUAAUCGAGACAACUGUAGACAAUAUGAGGAUCCUUUGAAGUCGUCAUUAACAUCUAACACUGCGACUAACGAAAGAAACAACGAAGAGACACCAGCUCAACAGCGAACAUUAUUAACAAUAAUGUUCGAGAAAUUUCUCGAGGAAAUGGCAAAGAAUUUUGCGCUGGCUGAAAAGAACAAGGAGAGACGGCACAGGGAGAAGAUGGUCGCGAAACAGAAAGAAUUGGAGUUGCAGACGAAGCUUCUGAAGCUGAAGGAGCAGAAGAUGGAACUACAAAAAUGCCAAGUGAUCGCUGCCGCACAGAGUUUUAGUUUGAAGUGAUUAAGUGUGCAGCAGACGGACACCAUGGACUUUUAAUUCAACGUAAUAUUCUUUCUUUUAAAAAAAGAAAGAAAUCUUCUAAAAUCUUGUGCAAUCGUUUAAAUAUUUUCUUCAAUCACAUGACUGUAACUAGAAAAUUACUAUAUUAUAUUAAAAUACCAAUACAUAUAUUUUUUUAAUUUUUAGCCCAUAUUCUUGAAAUUUUUGCGUAUUGUAAUUUUCAUUGCGCAGCUAUUUUAUGGUAUGAUUAAACCCGCGCAGUAAAAUUUAUGCAACUAUUUCAAGAAUAAGGGCCCUGUUCGUUAUCGCAACGCGUAGCUUUAAAGGCGUACUUUGCAACUGUACCUUCAGAUGGCAUUGCGCUCCAUAGGAAAGGCUGUUUCGUGCUUCCUACAAAUACACAGAGUAUAAUAAACGUGAUCGUCUCACACAGUUCAGACCGGCG